UGGUUCAAGGGUGAGUCGUUUAUUCUAUCAUUUUGUUGCUUUUCAUUUUGGGUGGAGGGUGUGCCGCGGCUCGUGGGUGGAUGAAAUAUAUUGAAACAGGGUGUAUGCAUAUGUGCCGAAGUCGUGGCAGAUGUUUCAUGGAUGAACAUUCUGGGGCGUUCAUCUUGGAGGGAAACAUCUCACCUGAAGUUGGGUGGAUGAAACGUCCUGCUGUUGGGUGGGUGGAGGAAACAGCAACAGACGUACUAUAAGCGAUGUCAGGGUUCGAGCUAACUGGGACACGUGUAGACGUUCGCACGCACCCGCCGAUUCUGCUGCGUUUCCCACCUCUGAGGGAACCUGAGGGCGGCGCACUGUUAUCGAUAUCGGGUGUGGGUUCAUCCAGCCCGAUGUCCGCUGGCCAUGACCGGAAUAUGAAGUCGAAUUUGGGCGCCGGUGGGAAUUCGAGCGCGGACAGGAAUACGAUCAUCUCGCUGGAUGGCCUGAGCAGUGGAGCAUCACCUUACGCUUCGCUCGAUCGCGCGAUCUCUAUUCAAAGACAGACGCAAACGCGGGCUCUGCCGAACCCUGCGUUGGAAGUUGACUUGAAGUAUUUGAACCUCCAUCUAGCGUUGCGCGUGAAAGAGAUCGUGGCAUGCGCAGAAGCGAUGUGGGAGUGGGUAUCCGAUUUUCAAACGCGAGGGGGGAGGAAGGACGGGAUAUAUGCCAAGAUCAUGGGGUUGACGAGGUCGCAGUUUGAUGAAUUGCUGUUGAGGUUCGAGCUGGACAUGAGGGAGCACAUGAGUCUCGGAUCUGUGCUCGAGGACCGGUUCAAUUGGAGUAUGAUCCCGGGGCCGACGCCCCAGGAAAAGCGCUCGUUUGAUACAGCGUGCGAGAAAUGGGAGGCGUAUCGGAAGCUUGAGGAUGGUGGUGGUGAUCGAACGCCUUGCGCCAUGGCCGGUCCGCACCCCGCUAUGCGUCUGAGUCGCUCAUUACGAGUCUUCGUCGCAUGGAAGCCUACAGCAUGACACGAGACGAUGAUCAUGAUCUGCACAGGACAAGCGCUUGGAUGCAAGCGUUUGACACCCGGAUCUUUAUUCAGUCACAUGUGCGAUCAAGGACCAUGAGGCUGGCUGUGGCGAAGCGCCCUCGUUUCAGUGUUGGACCCAUUUUCCUAAUGCGGGUCCUUCAAGGUUCCGUGCCGUUAGGCCUGGUCCCUGGCAUUUUUCAUUAUAUCGCCACCUCGCGAAGGAAGAUUGGAGUGCUGACUGAGGCUUCCAUUCCUGCUGCAUUUUGGGGGGAUAUUGUUUUUCUUUUUGUGGGAAGAGGUAUCGUGAUUUCCCUGGUGGCGUUUCUCUUUCGUUGUCCUCGGCUUGGCCAAGGGGGGAAAAACCUUGUUCGUCAGCCUUGUUGCGCCUGCAUACGUGAUGGGUUACUCACCGACUC